GGCGCCCGUACCAACCUACCCUGAACCAGAUUAUCGUGUGAUUGAUCCAGAGUCCGACCAAUGGCUUUCCAGCAUGACAGAGCGGUUUGAGAGGGGACGUCGCACACCGAGUAGGAUCGGUCACAAAAGGAUUGGUUGGUCAAGAACAAUGAUGUAAUUUCAACGCGGGGAAUUCAUGGAGCUAUGCUAAAGUAAGGACAGAUCCAAAUGACCAUGUAAAAGUCCACCACAGAUGAUGCAAACUACAAUCUAUUGCUUUACAAUGAACUUCUGGGAGCUCCAGUCAAUGUUGUUGUGCCUUAUGGAGAGCCAAUAGAAGUAGAGAUGAAGUGGGAGCCAGCCUGUUUCCCGCCUCAACGGCAUUUACCGGGCACAGGACGUCCUGCGGCACUUUACAGAAUGGCAGAGGGGGAAAUUGCUCUUCUCCAUUUAGGGCCAGAGACAUUUGAGCCCAACCACCCUGACCACACAGCUUUAAAAAGACUCUACUGUAAGAACGGAGGACACCAUCUCCGAUUACAAACGGACGGAACUGUCGACGGCAGUCGAAACGAAAACGACUUGAAUACUGUUUUGAGAGUGCAAGCCGUCAGUCUAGGAGUGGUGGUCAUCACAGGCAAGGAGACAGAACUUUACCUGGCAAUGGAUCAGAACGGACGGCUAUACGGAUCGGCAUCUCUCAACGACGAGUGCUACUUCCUGGAGCAUAUGGAGGAGAACCACUACAAUACAUACAGGUCUAACAAAUACCGAGAUGGACAGUGGUAUGUGGGAUUGAAGAAGGACGGACGUUCAAAAGUGGGACCCCAAACCAGCAUUGGCCAAAAGGGGGUCUUGUUCCUGCCUCGACCAAUAGGUGGCAGCUGAGUGCUAUGAUUCAGAAAGUAGAUUGAAGGGGCCCAUCAAGAUUCCAACUAUUGGCCUAGUACGUGAUGAAGAGUGCAUUCAAGUUCAAACCUUCACUGUGUAAAUAUUUUGUACAACAAUAUUGCCAAGACACUACCAUCCGCAACUGCAUAUACCACCAUGAUAGAAACUGAGAAAAACAAAUCAAAAGCCCAGUUCUAAUUUACAGUAGGCCUACAUGUCAAGUCAAAAAACAGAUGUUUAAAGAUAUUCAGUGGGCUGUCUUAAGGUACGUUGUGCUACAUAGUCUGAUAAGAAAAACGUGAUGGUCAGAGUGCUAUCAUGAUAUCAGAACUAGGCCUCUGUCACCAUUUCUGUUACAGUAGCUUGUUGCAAAAGUCUACAUAUCCACCACUAAUGUAGGCAACUAAUGCACAAAUCAUGUAGGCAUGCUGGAAGUAAUUGUAUCCGCAUUUAACAUAUUUAUUUUUAUUAAAACAUUUAAUUUAAUUUAAUAUAAUUUAAUUUAAUUUAUACAUAUUAGUCUUGUUUAGCAUAAUUAAUGUGAACAAAAGUAUGCAUUUUAAAUUAUGUAGGCUAUUUAUGAAACCUUGCUCAUUUUAUGUCUAAGGGGAAUAAGAUGCUUUAUUGACCAAACAAUCAGAAAGGUGACACUAACCUUUUUCUUGUGUAAUACAUAUUGUAUUAAAAUGUAUUUUUCAAUAAAAGCCUUUUUACAAAUUUA